AUGGAAGUGAAUUUGUCAGAGUUCAACCUUAGCAGCUUCAACUUUAGCAGCUGGAUGGCAGAGUGGCAGACCACGGAAGUGAGUUUGUCAGAGUUCAACUUUGACAGCUGGAUAGCGGAGUGGCAGACCAUUCUUGGUCUUGUUUUCAUUCUGGGAUGGCCUUGCCUCUUUUGCGUAGUCUUUGUCAUUGCAAGUGUUCCUGCGCAGUGGGUGGGGGAAUGCUCCAAGGGCCGCGCGUACGAUCGUGACAAGGACCUGGAUCGGUUGGGCAAAGACAAGGCCUUGCGGCACCUGUGCAUGUAUUCCGGCUUGUACCUUUUGAUCUAUGGCACGCUAAAGCAUUCACCUGGCUUGGCCGUGUUGGUGGCAGCUCUCCAUACCCUGAUCACAGCAUCUUUGCAGCUUUGUUGGUUGGCCGGCACCGCCAAUGAGAACAAUUCCAAAGCUAGCAAUGAACGCGAGAAGGGGGAAGAGAUCAAAUUAGCCCCCCUGACACACGGCGAUGACCAGACGGAUCAGGCCACAGCCAAUGAGAACAAACACCAAGCUAGCAAUCAGGACCAGAAAGAGGAGGCUUUGGUGCCAGUGUCUGUCUACUCGAACUUUGAAGGGCGUCCCAUUCUUGAAUGCGCCUCAGUCUUCGCGAUUCAGAUUAUGCUCUAUGGGAUGGUGCUCAGUGAGGUGUUUUUCCAAAACCCGAUCUUCGAAGAGAUUGAAGAGCGUCAGAUGUGGUUUUACAUUGGUGGAGCGGCCAUCGGCUCAGUGGUGCGAUUGACCGGUGACUCUUUUGAGAAUCAUGAAUGGAAACCCUUUUGGGAGAGAUAUUUCUUCGAAAACUUCCGAGACAAAGAAAUGCAUUGGACGUGGCUACGCUUCGCCAUGUCUUGGGUGGUAAACCAUCUUCUGGCAGACAUCAUCCUUCUGAUGCUCCCGGUCAUCUUGAUGCAGGCAGAUGACAACAUGGACUUUGUGAAGGAUGCAACGUCUGUCCUCUUCAUCUCUGAGCUCGAUAACAUCUCGAACGCCAUAGACAUUAAAAGGCAAUCCAAUCAGCCAUCCGGACCACCACCCAAAAAAACCGGCCAACCCCAAAAAGACACCGAAUGA